UGGCGUGUUCGAGCUCUCGCGUAAUCCCAACCCACCCCACGACGUAUGUGUGACGUACACGGCUUCCUAAGCUGCAUGGGUGCAUAUGUGUGGUUUCGUUUCGUUCAUCGCUGACGCGCGCGCCGAGAUAAUCUUACCCAGGCGAUCCCGGACGGUUAUCUCGCAGGUCCCACAGGGUGGCGUGUGUUAGUGUGUCGCUCUAAUCGCUGCGCUUUACCUCCCGGACGGUUUGCGACGUCACGGUUUUGCCUUGCCCUUGCCCUGCGGUUUCCUGCCGUUCCUUGCACUGCGGUUCCCUCUGCCGAGAGUGAUUGCGCUUCGUGGCCUUCGUGUGGUGUGAACGUUGAAUUAGUUCUUUUAUUCCCCUGCACAUUACAUUAGUGUCCCGGUCCUUUCUGAGUGCAGAAUAGUUUUCGAAGUGUUUGUGAUUUUUUUUCAUUCCCCCUUCCGGACAUAUUUUGCACAACGUCCUUCGCGCUUCGUACGACCAAUUGCUAGCGAAGGAAACGGGGGUGAGCGGUAACAAAUUGAUACGUGCGUGCGAAGUGCGUAGUUUGUCUGCGGUUUUCACCGACCAUUCACUCGAGCGUACCCACACACACACACACACACAUACACACAGUUUGAAGCACAAAUACACAGCAUCCACUCCCACCGGUGUGUGCUUUUCGCGAAGUAAAUUGCCCAGCAGCAGCAGCAGCUGCGCUACACCUGCCUUGCUACACUACCCGCAAACCCGGAAGGGGUUAUGUAGCCACCCCUCCCCCACGCAGUGUCUGAGUGUGUGCGUGCCCGAGAGUGAUUCAGUGUUUCGUUUUCCCCAUUUUCGUCCGUGUGCACCGUCUUUUUUGUCGUGUUUUUUCCGAGGCCCACUUGUUUUUCGUAUGAAAAGUGUGCAGUGUCGUGCGGUGAAGAAGCAGUGGCAACCAAACCAUAUCGCUUUGCUGUGUUACAAUUUCCUUUCCUCUUUUUCUCUUUCUCUCUCUCUCUUUCUCUCUCUUUUUCUCUCUAUCUCACACACACACACUCUAUUCGGGGCCCGCUGGCAGGUUCGCAGUGCUGCAGUGUUUUCUAGUGUGGUACCGUAGUGUUGUUGGCGGUGAAUCGCGGCAGCAGGCAAAGACAUCCUCCCCUGGUUCAUGGCCAACUAGAUCUCGGUAGUUGGCCGUGUUGCUUUGCGGAUUACCUUUACCUUGCCCGUUCCCGAUCGAAGUGUGUGCCCUUUCGGGACGAUGCGUGACAGUGUUUGCUGUGUGUGUGUGCACCAUUACCGGAUUGAAGCUGGUUGAACCAUUUCCCGUAGCAGAAAAGUGUAAAAAUUGCAGAAAAAAAAACUUGUAAUCGCUGCACAGUAUGGUGGUGAUAGGGGGAAAGAAAUAAGAGUUGAAUUCCCGGGCCCGGCCUGAUGUGUUGCCUCUGUUGGCUUUCGUCCUUCUCAACGUGCAGACUCCGUCAGUGUGGCCGUAGCAGCAGCAGUAGCGUAUGAGCGUACCGAAAUAGAGCCUAUUUUUGGAACACGGGGGCCGCUGGAAGCAACACGUUAACCUGUCGACAUUGGAUCCGGUCGAAUUGUGAAGUUUUGAACGGUGUUAAUCGUUAAAGAAAGCCGGUGAAAACACAGUACCGCGGUCCGACGAAAGCGGUUUUUAGGCAGGCUUUGGUUGUGUUGUCUUGCACUUCGGUUCGCCAACUAUGAAAUCGACCGGUGUGCAACGAGUUACAGCGAGUGAUCACCCUAUGCCGCAGCAAGGCGUGCGUAGUCAUAGCUGGAGAGGUUCCGCCUCCAUCAACGACCGGAUAGCUAUGGACAAAUAUCAGGAGCGGCGGCCAUUAUCUCUACGCAAGACGCGCAGCCAACGUCUGCUGGACCAACCAGCGCUUCAUUCUGUCGCCAAAACUGCCAAACUGAUGCCACGGUUUACGCGCAUUCAAGUGUUAAGCAUCAUCAAAUUAGCGACCAUGGAUAAGCUGCGCGAAUCGGGCGCAGCGGAUGAUCCAACCACUCAGCAACGGUUGGCCACGGACGGCCAGGGUGGAACUGCGGCGGCGGCCGGCGGCGAAGGAACGUCCGACGAGUACCAUCAUCAGUUUUACAACACCGGCCGGAUAGGACGGCGGAACGCGCUGCCAGACAUACUGGGGACGCACUGUACCACGACCACGGCCGAUCUGUCCUCGCAACUCGGUUCCCUCUCUACCUCGGACUGUGCCGGUAAGGCGUCCGACGGGAGCAGUAGUUGCAUAGCAGCCGGAAACAAUGGUCAACCGCCACCGACGACAACCGCUACGUAAAGCCAGCCCACCUGCUGUUGCUGCUUGCUUGCGCCUGAGCUUGCCCGAGAGGAAUGAUGAUGGGGUGUGGGGUUCCCGCGCUCUCCCAGUCUAUGUCGCUGCACUAUGUUUGGGCAGACAAAACAAAGGAAAAUCCUGCCCACAACAGUGUGUGUGAGUGUCAGUGUUGUGGAAAACGUUCUGUGUGUCGUCUUCGAUACCGAAGUCAAAGUGUGGACCGUAGUGGCGUUUCCAACAGACCGACCAACACACCCGGAAACAGGAGAUGGAUGCGCGUGGAUGGUGUGAAAGGCGCGGAGAAGUGUGAAAGAGUGGGUUUCUGUUUAGGUAAUUUAUUUAUUUCCCUCUCAGCCUGAAAAACUCGAUUGCAGAUCGUUCCCGCAAUUGGAAGUCGGUCGAAGAGCGUAGGCUUAGUAAAAAAAAACACACACAAACACGGAAAAGCGCAAGGCAAGAAGAAACCCGACCCCAAAGAGCCAAAGAUAGUGGGAUGCGCUUCGAAACGGUGGUGGAAAGUGGAAGCAAAAAGGGCGGAUAAGCGGAGAACAUUUUUAAGUAAGAUGCUAGUUAGAUGCUUUCGUAUGCGAAUGUGGCUCAGUUUUGUUUUUUGGUAGUUAGGACAAUGAACGUAACGAAGGUAUGGCAGCACACCUGUCGAUGCGAGUACAGCUUUUUUAAGGUAUCCCAUGAAUCCAGGAGCCCAUCCCAUGAAUGGUGAAUGAUGUCGUUGGGCCGAAACGAUAAGUUAUUAGUCGCCGAUCUCGCACCAGUAGUAGUGUUGCGCUACAACUCUCUAGCUGUAACGCUCGUUUGUCAAUGCUGUGGAUUGCAUAUUGCAACAAUGCAACAGUGUUUUGCAGCAGGGUGGAAUGAUACUGCUGCUAUUCUGUGUAAUCUACCAGUGUUUGAGGCCAGCGUUUUUAUUCUAACAAACGGGCAAUGUUAAUUACCAAAACUUUAGUGAUUUCGCUGACUUCAGAUGCAUUUUUAAACAUCUCUCGAAAGGUUGGUUCGAAGUUCCUUCAUGGUGUCGAUUGUGUUGCGUUGCCCUUCAGGUAUUAUCGUAAGGUGGGGGCGGUUCACGAUCAUCGUCCUUCGAACUUUGUUUGCGAUCGUUCCCAUGUACUGUAGGUAUGGAGAGGUAUGGUGUUUAGCAGUCCAGUCACUGGUUGAUACUACCAAGAGAUCUUUGAAGUGAAUUAUCACUAGCUUUAGUAAACUACGUUUCGCACACACGUAUUACAGGGAGUUGAUCCUUUUUAAAUGGUAUCGCUAUAAUUUAUAAGAUCCGAUAAAGAUAACUUCGUUUAGCUUCUAGCACCACCUGACAAUGACAGCUCCUUGCAGCCUAGCAGCGAACUGCAGGGUUAUAGAUAGGUUGAAAACCCGUGAAUCAUCUACAAAGGCUCUUAGCACGCGUAAGGCGCCACAGAAGUAAUAUGUCCUAUCCCAUGUAUGACUUAUUCCUUCCCACGCACGCCACUCCCGCCCAUCGCACAUGUCUUUAAACGAUUUGUUCCUUACACCUGCUCUCACUAGGGUAAACAACGAAUUUUUGCUCCUUUUCUGUUCAUGUCCAAAGAUAGAUUUUCACACGUUGCUUUUUCCACCUUGUCUGGGGAGAAACGCGUGGAAAUGGGGGAUGCGUGUAGUAAUGUGGUAAUCUUACGAAUUAUGUCCAUGUGAUAAAUUAGACGAACCAAGGAUGAAAAGGAAUACAAUAAGGAGAGCAAAUCAAUGGCAAUUUACUUCGUGCAGACGUGUUGCGAAUUAGUUUCUACUGUUGUGUGUAACUUUGCUGCGUUUUGUUGUGCAAAUGCUCUCUUUCGCUCUGUAAAGCUGCUGCCAGUUUUCCAUGACUAUCUUUUUGUUUUAUUUUUGUUUGUUUUUUGGUUGUUGUACUGAACGUUCGGGUUGUUUUACUUUAAUCGUGCACAAUGUUUUAGUUUUGCAGUAUGAAUGGACGGGACCCAGGAGUAUUCAAACGCUUUUUUGAAUGUUACAAAACACCACGAAUCUUACCAAGGUACGCUAAAGCGAUUUAAAACAGAAGCUUUUAAAAUGAACAUCACGUUAACAUAUGAGCAACAAUAGGGAGGAAGUUCGAGGAGACUCCUUAGCAGUGGAGCUGAAGUAUGAGAGGCAGAAGAGGGCAGAGUGAUAGAGGGGGAGAAGUGGAUGAUAAUAAAAGCAUGAUAAAGGGGAGAAGAGAACGCCCCCCCCCCAUCUAGAUGUGUCAAUUGUCGAAAUACAAAAAUAAUAUAAGUUCAGUGCAAAAAAAAAACAAAUCCUCCCCGUUGACGUUGGUAAUGCAAUUUAAAGGAUGAAAAAGCCUUUAAGUGGCAACUGGUAACAGUGACUUUGCAUUCGGAGCCCCCAAUAACAGAAAUGAAAUUUACAAAACCAAGAGUUUAUACAACUAAAAUUAGGCACACUGUGAACAUUAGAAAUCGGAGAGCGGAGCGGAGGAAAAAUUGGAAGUACAGAGACGAACGGGGGAAAAAUAGUGAAACUGGAGUGUGGAAUUAUUUUUCUAAUGUUUUGAUGAAUUAAUCACUAGUCUCAGUACCGGUGAUGAUGUGUGUUGUGUUCUUUUUUUGUAGUCGCAUAUUUGUAAGCUUGCCUAGGAACGCAAGGGAAACAAUUAACACAAUUUCGAAGAAUCCUUUUUGUAUACACAUUCACGUAAAGUCACGCGUUUCAACCGACGCUAGAAAGUUGCAUACCACAACAAAAACGAGAAAAACAAAUAAAAAAGCUCAACCCCCCCCCCCCCCCCCCUUUGACACCAUACCGAUCACACAUAGCAUUAGCAGCAAAAUGUAUAGGUUUUAAGAAUUGUAUUUAUGCUAAACCGGUAUAUAAUAUAUACACAUACACAUUACAAUGAAUGAAUGAAUAAAUGAAUGAUGGCGCAAAAA